AUGGAGUCAGUGUCAGUCUGGGGCUUUCAGGCUCUCCAGAGCUGCGUGACACGCUACACCGCCGCCUCAAGUGUCCAAAUUUUUUCCUGUUCCCUCUGUGAUGCCACCAAGCAGUUUCUGGAAGAGAUUAACAAGUGGACUGGACAGUACAAUGUGUCUCCGCUUUCCUGGAACGUUGCUGUCAAAUUUCUCAUGGCCCGGAAGUUUGAUGUCCUCAGAGCCAUUGAGCUGUUUCACUCCUACAGGGAAACGAGACUGAAGGAAGGAAUUGUGAAGCUGAAACCUCACGAGGAACCUCUGCGCUCUGAGCUGCUCAGCGGGAAGUUCACCAUCCUUAGUGUGCGGGACCCAUCUGGGGCUUCUAUUGCACUCUUCACUGCCAAGUUACACCAUCCCAAUAAAAGUGUCCAACACGUGGUGCUUCAGGCUCUGUUUUACCUGCUAGACAGAGCUGUAGAGAGCUUUGAAACCCAGAGGAAUGGCCUGGUAUUCAUCUAUGAUAUGGCUGGGUCCCAGUACACCAACUUUGAACUGGACCUCAGCAAGAAAAUCCUCAACCUGCUGAAGGGAGCCUUCCCAGCUCGCCUCAAAAAGGUGUUCAUCGUGGGAGCUCCUAUGUGGUUCCGAGUCCCAUACUCCAUCAUCAGCCUCCUGCUGAAAGAGAAGCUGCGGGAGAGGGUACAGAUGGUGAAGAUGGCAGAGUUGAAGGAGCACUUGCCCAGGGAGUGCCUCCCUGAAUACCUGGGUGGAUCCCUCAGGCUGGACCCUCUCAGCUGGAACUGUCGGUUCCUACCCCAGCAGAAUGGCCACCCAGACCCUCUGGAUGAGCUCAUCUUAGUGCCACUGGUUUCCCCCAAGGACAAUGGCUCAGUGCAUGUUCCAGGACCAAAGUCUGUGACUGUUCAGGAACUGAUGGACCAUGUGAAUCGAAAGCAAAAACGGGGAAUCUAUGAGGAGUACGAAGAUAUCCGGCGUAGAAGCCCUGCAGGGACCUUCAUCUGCUCUUUGGCUCCGUAUAACCAGGAGAAGAAUCGAUAUGGUGAUGUGCCGUGCCUGGACCAAACCCGAGUGAAGCUGACCAAGCAGUUCAGUCGCCCGGAGCUGACAGACUACAUCAAUGCUAGCUUUAUGGAUGGCUACAAGCAAAGGAAUGCUUACAUUGGUACUCAAGGACCUCUGGAAAACACCUAUUGCGACUUCUGGCGCAUGGUUUGGGAGCAAAAUGUUCUGGUGAUUGUCAUGACAACUAGGCUGGAGGAGGGAAACAGGAAGAAGUGUGGCCAAUAUUGGCCCCUAGAGAAAGACUUCCGAGUGUGCUAUGGGACUCUCACUGUCACCAACCUUGGGGUGGAAAACCUGAAUCAUUACAAGAAAACCAUUCUGGAAAUCUAUAACACUGAGAACAGAGAGCGGCGCCUGGUGUCUCAUUUCCAGUACUUGAGUUGGCCGGACUAUGGCGUCCCCUCAUCAGCUGCCACUCUCAUCGACUUCCUGGGAGCUGUGAAGCAGCAGCAGAGGGUUGCAGUCAGUGCCCUGGGGCCACGUUUCAAAGGUCACCCAGGAGGGCCACCAAUAGUGGUCCACUGCAGUGCCGGCAUUGGCCGUACAGGUACGUUCUGUGCACUGGACAUCUGCCUCUCGCAGCUCCAGGAUGUGGGCACGCUGAACGUGCACCAGACGGUGAUGCGGAUGAGAACACAGAGAGCCUUCAGCAUCCAGACCCCUGAGCAGUACUAUUUCUGCUACACGGCCAUAAUCGAGCAUGCUCGGCGCGAGAGUCUGCUGCCCUCCAACCACACGCGAGCAGGCCAGGAGAAGAGCUAAUCGGGGCGUGGGGCCCCCAUCCCUGAUGGCAGGGACUUGCUCUGUCAAUCACGAUCAGCCCACCCUCCUCAUGACUAGUCCAAAUUCAGUGGAGCCUUCGGGUUGUGACCAUCAGUGAUGCUGAGACAAACUUCUUUGUUGUAAGGCUCCCGUUGACCUUUCUUUGGCUAGCUGGUUAUGACCCGUCUCAGAGUAGCCACUGACUAGCAGCUCAUGUUUCUAAAGUUUAGCACCUACCAUUGAACUGUGCCUUAUUAAAACCAAAUCGUGGCUGCCACAUGCCAGGGGUAACUAGAGAGGAGUGGGAAGAGGAUUUGCUUCUCACAUUGGUGUCUUUUUUUUUUUUUUUUUUUUUUCCAUGGGACCACCUGAAAUACCCAUAGAGAGGACUUGACUUGAAUAUCCAUCCUAGAAACCAUUUCCAGUACCACCCUUGCCUAGGGUUUAGAAAAGGCAUGUACUUCAGUCUUACCUGCCACUAAGCGUGAGUGUCUGUAUGUAUGUGUAUAUAUAAUAUAUCCUUGAUGUGUUCGGGUCUAGCCUACAUACGUAUUAUAUAGAUACAUAUAUAUGAGCGCGCCUGUCUUUAGCAGCUUGCAGGGCUCAGUCUUGUAAUGUUGUCUCACUGCUGUGAUCUCGAGUGACAAGCGAUAGCCUUGCAGUGGUAACAGUGCAACGAUGUUACUGGCUCUUUCCUUUCCUUUCACUCCUUGAACACAGCUUUAGGGAUGCAAGCACUUGCCAGGAACCAUGCACACUGGUGUACAGAGUGGGGUGCGUAUCAUACCAGCAUGUUCUUGUUGGACUGGUGCUGUGCAGGGAAUCAGCACUCCUGUAAGCUGGUGAGAUGCUGCCAGGGCCACAUGGUGCAUCCUUCUUCCCAGAGGUUGUUAGGGAUCGCUUAACAUGACCUGUCUUGCUAUUGUGCAACUGCUCUCUCUUCCCCUUGCCUGUCUUGCUUUGGUUCAGAGGGGUGGGCCAGUUUUCCCAGGAGCAGGGCAUUGCAGAUUUCCUCAUGACAAAAGGAUGUUGCUGCCCUGGGACGGACUCCCCCGCUGCUUCCAGGGAGGCCAGUCGGUACGAAGUGCUGCAGGGCAGAGGGUGCAAGCUGCUGUCAGAACUACUGGGCUUUCCUUGAUGGCAGUAAUGUUCUGCAGUUGGAGUUUGUGCUUUUCUAGGGUCCCACCCGUCCCAGCCAUACUUCACCAGGGGUGAGUGGUAGCAGCUCCUAGUGCCAAGCAAAAGCCAAAACCAUCCGAAGGCAGGGAAAUCAGAAACCUCAGAGUAGCUGGUGUCCCCUUCCUCCACGCAGCACCCAGUCUGCCAAGGAUCGGUGCUGAGCCCAUAUUUUGUCCCAGCCUUCUUAAGGUGCUGCUGGGAUCUCUGACUAUCUAUCAUGCCCCCCUGUUCCCUGCCCCGGGAGGUGAGGCUGGCAGCUGAGUGGACCUCAGUAAUUUUAUACUGUAAUAAGCUCUUUGAAUGUGUAUAUUCUUAUUUUUACAAUCUUUUUUUGUUUUGUUUUGGGGUUUUUUUGGUUUUGUAUUUAACGUGAACUUGAUCAGAGCCAGAAAUAACUAUAAAUGUUCCUAUUCACUCUCGUAUGGUGAUGCAGUUUUUGUAUUGACAUAUAAAUACACCUACAGAUGA